CAACACCUAUCAACAUUUUCUACCCUUUCUACUCAUUUAAGAUAAACCACCCGAAGCACAUAUAUAUUAGUGAAAAACUUUCAAAAUACAGUUCAAACUUUUUUUUUGAUUUGCGUUUUCUGGUAGAACACGAAACGAUCGAAACUGGCUGAACUGGAACAGGCACUGGAUAAGAAAGACCAGUGUAUCCCGAGAAUUGUUUCGUGAUUUCGUGAUCGGCCGGCGGUCCGAUGAAAAUGGUGCGCCCCAGUCGUCGCAAGGGGAUCGAGGAGGUGUAUGGCUCCAAGUUGGAUCCCAUACACCCGGCCAAGUCGAUGGUGGUGUCACAUAUUGGAAUGACCAAGACCGCCGCUUUGCGGGCCGAGCGAGCCAUGGCGGGUGGUGCUGGGGGAGGCGGUGGUGCCGGGACCGGGGCCGCGGUGAAUGGAACGAUGAGCAACCGCCAGAUGGAGUCUCGCACACAGCGUAGUUUCGUGACCGAAAACGACUACUACAUCACCACGAAUCUACCCCUGACGGCGGCCAACCUAAGGAACAGUGGAACACAGCCGUCGACAUCCCAGAUGAUGCCCGGUCACGGCCACCACCAGCCGUCGCCCUACAACGCCAUGUCCUCUAGGCGAAACUCCAUGGCCAAUAAGGCCAGUGCUCGUCACGCCCAGAUGGCGAAGGUGCCCCACUUCACGUUACCCGAGAACAAGGUGAACAACAGUGUCUUUAGCUUGGCCAAGCCAAAGGAUAGCCACCGCAUGCAUGGACACGGGAAAGCCACCUCCCAACGCGCCGCCUUUGGCAUCGAGGAUAACAUGGACUUCUCGGACAAGGAGCUUAUGGCGGCAGCCCCGAACCAGUGCAAUAACCGUCGUCAGCACUCCCAUGUCCAUCAAAUGCAACCAGGUAUCUUGCCCCACUCGCAUCCGACCCAGCAUCAGCUCCACCAGCAGCAGUUGACCCACCACAGUAAGCAUCAGUUACAGCCCCAACACCAGAUACAGCAGAUGCAUCAGCACCACCACCACCACCACCAAGCGCACCACAGCCACAACUCGCAUCAGAAGCACUCGCGUGGGCGGCAGCCGAAUCCCACGAGCAAAGUGCACGUGAGUACCGCCGAUGACGAUGACGAGAAGGACGACGAUCCAGAGGAGUUCUUCGAGUUGAUCCGCCAGACCGUUCAAACGGCUGUAGGGAACACCAUCUCUGAUGCUAUGGUGAAAAGCUUCCGUGAUCUGGGCCACAAGAUCGAUCGCUUCUUCGGGGAGCUCAAGCAGACCAACGAGAACUUGGAUAAACUGCAAGAACAUGUCACCGGCAAGGUUAUUUAUUAUGGAGAGGAGAACUCGAGGCACUUUAAAUACUUGUGCAUGAAAUCCGAGUAUGACAAGAUGUUCUAUCAGCAUCAAUACAUGAUGACCGGCAAGCCAACGCCGGAAAUGGUGAACGCUUCGCAGCUGAACCUUUCGGCCGCGGACUCGGCCACCAAGAACCUGGGCUACAAGACGUCCCAGGUCAUGAAGAAUCCUACGGGAAAGGUCACCAAGAGUAAGAAUAACACUAAAGCGACCACAAGCAGAGUAACCAAAAAAGACUUGAUGGAAGCCCUGAAGGUUGGACCCUUCCACAGCACCCCUAAGUCCCAUCAGGCGCAGCAAUUGCUGACGACCCCAUCUCCUAUGCCUGAUGCUCACAAGUCUUCCUCGGAGCAGAGCCUGAAUGCCAAGUCCUCGGAGCUAUGUAUGCGCGAAGUACUGGGCCACAUCCAGCGCUUCUGCACUCAGAUGGAAUUAAAAGACCUUAGCGGCAACGUCAUGAAUGAUGCUCUCCCAAACCUGGAUGACAUAAUGGUUCCCAAGAAGAUGUCCAAUUCUGGAAUCGGCGAUACUCCCGCCAAAACUUUGGUUCAAAAAUUAGCCGACUGCCAGGUCGAUAAGAAGGCAGACGAUGCCGAGAACGACACCCCUGUGGAUAGCAUGGAUGAGACCUAUACCGAAAUGGACGAGUUCCAGUUCUCCUCUGAAAUAUCGUCCUGCAGCGACGACGACGACUGCAUGAAGUACGGAGCUGGGGAUGUGACCACUCGGGCGCCACAAAAGUCGAUCCGGAGACCCGUCAAUGAGGGCGCCGGCGACGGCCAAUAAUGGAGACGCAACUGUAGCAACUAUAAUAUGAAGCUUUUAUCCUUUAACAUACACAAAAACAUACUACAAUCCUUGAGACGGACACACAGGACGAAUUAUACCCUAGAAGCAGUCGAGAUCACUAAAGAACAUGCAAACUGCGUUUGCGUUAUCCCGAUUUGCUGUUCAAAUCUUUGUUUAGAAUGCACAAAAUUAUCCCAUCGAUAUUGUAAAACCAAAAAUAAUUCAUUUCGGCUUCGGACCUGGUUCUAUAAAAAUUAGCAAGGACCUUCCUAACGUCCGGCACACGCAGCUAUUCGCGUUAAAGGGAUGAACUUGAAACAUAAAGACACGAUGUUUUAGUUGAGAAUAAAUCAGAAAUUGUAAAAUCUUUGCGGAAUCCAAUUCCAAAAAGAAAAAUUCGA